AUGGCUCGCAUGGGACUAAACGAUAGCAAAGCUGGCAUGACUGGAUUAGAUAAACAAAAAAUCAAUCGGAUCAUCUUAGAAGCGACUAAAGGCUCGCGCUUUUAUAAUAAUGAAAUGAGAAAAGAGAAACAAGCAACGGAAAGAGUUACACGACUAAAAGCAAAAUUAACCAAGAUAACACAAGCGCAAAGAUUAGCUGCACUAGAUGAAUUGAAACGUAUGGAAAAUCAGUUAGAAACUACCCGAGAUUUAUCUCGAUUUAUUGUCCAUGUCGAUAUGGAUGCAUUUUACGCUGCUAUUGAAAUAAGGGAUAAUCCUAGUCUGGCCGAUAAACCCAUGGCAGUAGGUGGUACUGGAAUGAUGCUUACCUCCAAUUAUAUUGCACGUCGAUAUGGAGUUCGAGCCGCUAUGCCUGGUUUCAUCGGUAAAAGACUUUGCCCAGAUUUAGUCUUUGUUAAACCUAAUUCUGCCAAGUAUGCACAAGCUAGUAAAGAAGUCAGAGCAAUUUUAGCUGAAUAUGAUCCGAAUUUCGCAUCAGUCAGCUUGGAUGAAGCUUACAUGGAUUUAACGGAGUACUUGGAAGGUAGAAAAUGUACUUUCCCUAGCAGCCAUGUUGAAUUUACCGUUCCUCAGCAGGAUUUAACUGAGGAUAUGUUAAAGAUUCUUAAUGAAGUUGCCCCUCCAACUGUUGAUGGCGUUGAUAGUUAUAAUAAUUGUUCGUCUAAUUCAUCAAUUAGAAAAGUAUCGUUUGGUCAUACCAUAGAAGAUGUCAUGAGAGAAAUUCGAUUUAAAAUUAAUCGAAAGACAAAACUUACAGCAAGUGCUGGUAUAGGACCCAAUAAAAUGCUAGCUAAAAUUUGCUCUGAUUGGAAGAAACCUAAUGGACAAUUUAAAGUAGAAUUUACUCGAGAUAAAAUAAUAGAAUUUAUGCGACAACUUCCGACUAGAAAGAUUUCAGGUAUCGGCAAAGUCAGUGAGAGAUUACUAAAUGAGAUUGAAAUUUCGAACUGCAAGGAACUCUAUGAUAAAAGAGAUUUGAUUUAUUUGCUAUUCUCCAAUGUAUCAACAAAGUUUUUCUUAGCUGUUGCAAUGGGCAUCGGAUCCAAUGAAGUUAGUAGCAAAAAUUAUCAAAGAAAAAGUAUUAGUUGUGAAAGGACAUUUGGAGAAAUUAGUAGAUUAGCAGACAUGCUCGUUAAAUGCCAGAAACUAUGUGAUAAUCUGGCAAACCACAUGAAGAAAGAGAACAUUACGGGUCGAUGUUUAACUGUGAAACUAAAGACCGUUGCAUUUGAGGUUAAACAACGCUCAGUAUCGCUAAAACACCACACAAAUUCUACAACUGAAAUGUUUAACAUUGCAUCAGAAGUUAUUCGGUCAGAACGUUUAGCUUGCCAACCCGAAAGACUUCGUUUACGAUUGAUGGGAAUCAAAAUGUCCACGCUAAAACGUCAUGAAUCGGAUGAAAAAUCUAUACAAGAUACGUUAACACGUUACUUUAACAAAUACGAUGAAAACUGCUCGCAAUCGCAAUCGACAAUAAAUGAAGCAAGUAAGAGUUUUAUCAACAUAGAACAGCAUAAAUUAGACGAAAAAUCUAAGCUAGACAAAGUAACUUGUUACUUUAGUAAAUACGACGAAAAUAGCUCGCAAUUGCAAUCAACAAUGAAGGAAGCAAGUAAGAAUUGUGACAACAUGGAAAAGGUUACUUGUCCUGUAUGCGACCAAUUCUAUGUUUACAAAUCUGAUGAAACAUCGUGGCUAGCGUUACUAAAUUCUCACAUAGAUACUUGCCUUCAACAGCCUGAAACUAUGAAACCAUCUCAAUCACAUAACGACUCUGUAGGAAGUUCAAAAGGAAAAGGUGUUAAGCGACGUAAGCUACAACAUAAUCGUAUGCAGCCUACUACUGGUAAUAAAACACUUCAUAAUUUUUGGCAAGCAAAAGAUAAUACGCACCAAUAA